UUCCGGUUCCCCGCGUCCGUGUCCGCGAGCUUCCGCGUGGCCCCGGUGCGGGCGCCGGCUUGGGUUAGCUCGGAAGGGGUACCGCUAAGUCCGGAGCAGGCAUCCUCCCCCUGCGACGCCCUGGUUUGCAGCUCUGCGGAUUUUCUGCAGGCGGCUGCCCCAUGAAGCGGGGGAUGGGGGCGGGAGCCCGCGCGACCCCCCCCCCCCGCCCCGGAGGGGUGUGCGGGAAGCCGCUCGAGCGCCGCCCGCGGGCUAGCCUCGGGCCGCGGAGGGCGGCUGAGUGUGGAGGAGACCCGGCCCUGGAGGUGAGCCGCUGGGCGCGUUGAGGCCCGGAGGUCGCCGCAAGGAGCCCAUAGCGGUGGCCCGAGCCCACCCAGCUGUACCAUUGAGCGGGACUGAGGGGCCCGAGGUGCCCUUCCAGGGGGAGGGGCCCAGGAUCGAGACCCCGCCCUCCAAGCACGUGGCCUGGGGAAUGGGGGAGCCCUUUAAGAAGACUUGAGUGAUUCACGGAGGAGGGGCAAGGGUACUCAAAGAUCUCUGUGAGACGGCGGUGCCAAGAGUCUCUGAGGAUCUGCCUUGCACCUACUCCACUCCCUUCUCCAGCCGGGACAUCCAGCAGGGGAGAGUUCCCCCUCAGGGAAGACUCCUGCGCCGGGAUCUAUUCCCAGGUGAGAGCUUUCAACCCUUCCAGGUGGGAGCCUCAGCCAGGUAAGAGCUUCCCUUAGGCAAGAGUAUCCUGAGGAUGAGAACUUUCCUGGUUUUCCUGGCAGGUGAAAACUUUCCGGAGAAAGCUUCCCUCCCAGUAUGUGCUUCCUCGAAUGAGAACUCCCUCCCCACAGAUCGCCUAUUCCCAAGGGAGGUCUUCCCUCCCCUCUCCCCUAUAAGUGGGAGCCUCUGGGUGGAUAAGAGAUUCUCCAACACAGAACAUACCUGGCUGGUGCAAACUUUCCUGUUGGACGGAGGGACACACAGGCACUGUUGCCUGUGACACAGGCCAUGGAGCUGAGGAAUAGAGACUACCAUGUGGAGCGGCCACUGAUGAACCAGCAACAGUUGGAGGAGCUGGGGCACCGGACUUCAGCCACCAGGACCUACCAGUGGCGAACCUGGUUUCAGUGUUCCCGUGCUCGGGCCCGAGCCCUUCUGUUCCAGUACGUCCCAGUUUUGUCCUGGCUACCCCGGUAUCCCUUGCGUGAUUGGCUCCUGGGCGACCUUUUGGCUGGCCUGAGUGUGGCCAUUAUGCAGCUCCCACAGGGCCUAGCCUAUGCCCUCCUGGCUGGACUGCCCCCCGUGUUCGGCCUCUACAGCUCUUUCUAUCCUGUCUUUGUCUACUUCCUGUUUGGUACUUCCCGGCACAUCUCCGUGGGCACCUUUGCUGUCAUGUCUGUGAUGGUGGGCAGUGUGACAGAAUCCCUGGCCCCGGAUGAGAACUUCCUGCAGGGUGUGAACGCCACCGUGGAUGAGGUGGCCAGAGACCACUUCCGGGUGCAGCUGGCCUCCACACUCAGCGUCCUGGUCGGCCUCUUCCAGGUGGGGCUGGGUCUGGUCCGCUUCGGCUUCGUGGUUACCUACCUGUCGGAGCCCCUCGUCCGAGGCUAUACCACAGCCGCGUCCGUGCAGGUCUUCGUCUCACAGCUCAAGUAUGUGUUUGGCCUCCAGCUGAGCAGCCGCUCUGGGCCGCUGUCCCUCAUCUAUACAGUGCUGGAGGUCUGCUCGCUGCUGCCUCAGAGUGUGGUCGGCGCGGUGGUCACCGCGUUGGUGUCAGGGGUGGUACUAGUGCUGCUGAAGCUGCUCAACGACAAGCUGCACCGAUACCUGCCCAUGCCGAUCCCUGGGGAGCUGCUCACGCUCAUCGGGGCCACAGGCAUCUCCUAUGGCGUGGGCCUGAAGUCUAGGUUUGGGGUGGAUGUUGUGGGCGACAUCCCUGCAGGGCUGGUGCCCCCAGCGGCCCCCAGUCCCCAGCUGUUCGCCAGCCUGGUGGGAUAUGCCUUCACCAUCGCUGUGGUUGGUUUUGCCAUUGCCAUCUCCCUGGGGAAGAUCUUCGCCCUGAGGCACGGCUACCGGGUGGACAGCAACAAGGAGCUGGUGGCUCUCGGCCUCAGUAACCUCAUUGGGGGCAUCUUCCAGUGCUUCCCCGUGAGCUGCUCCAUGUCCCGCAGCCUGGUGCAGGAGGGCUCUGGGGGCAACACACAGGUGGCUGGAGCUGUCUCCUCCCUCUUUAUCCUCAUUAUCAUCGUCAAACUUGGGGAGCUCUUCAGAGAUCUGCCCAAGGCUGUGCUGGCGGCUGCCAUUAUCGUGAACUUGAAGGGUAUGUUGAAGCAGUUCACCGACAUUCCUUCCCUCUGGAAGUCAAAUCGAAUGGAUCUGCUCAUCUGGCUGGUGACCUUUGUGGCCACCAUCCUGCUGAACCUGGACAUAGGCCUGGCGAUCGCUGUCGUCUUCUCCCUGCUCCUUGUGGUCUUCCGCACGCAGCUGCCCCGCUACUCUGUCUUGGGGCAGGUGCCAGACACGGAUAUUUACCAAGAUGUGGCCGAAUACUCAGAGGCCAGGGAGGUCCCAGGCGUGAAGGUCUUCCGCUCCUCGGCCACCUUGUACUUCGCUAAUGCUGAGCUCUACAGCGACGCGCUGAAGAAGAGGUGUGGUGUGGACGUUGAUCACCUCAUCUCGAAGAAGAAGAAGUGGCUCAGGAAGCAGGAGCAGAAGCUGAAACGGAUGCAGAAGACCCUCCAGAAACAGAUUGCUGCCUCCGAGGGCACUUCUGUUUCCGUCCAAGUCAACACCAACAUCAGAGACAUGGAGAGCAACAAUGUGGACGACUCCAAGGCCAGGCAGGCGAGCGCAGGGAAAGAGCUAGAGGAUACAACAGGCAGCGGUCAAGAAGAUGCCAAGGCCGCAAACGGGUCCACACUGAAGGCCCUGGGCCUGCCUCAGCCACACUUCCACAGCCUCGUUCUGGACCUGGGCGCCCUCUCCUUCGUGGACACUGUGUGCAUCAAGAGCCUGAAGAACAUUUUCCGCGAUUUCCGAGAGAUCGAGGUGGAGGUGUACAUGGCCGCCUGCCACGCACCCGCGGUCCAGCCCUGCCAGCCCUGUUUUGACAACCAAACUCUGACGGUGCCUCCGCCCUGCCUACCACUGCUCACCUCUGGAGGCUGUGACCAGGCACUUGUGAGAAACUCCCUGCCCCCGGGCUGCCUCCAGACGUCACCCAGGAGUCCCCUCCAUAUACACACACACACAGCUCAGGGAUGGAGGUCCUGGAAUUCCCAAGUUCAGUGCCAUAGGCCUGGGUCUGGGAUGGGGCACUGGAGUCAGACCGGCACCGGCUGGGCUGGGGAAAGAUCCAUGUUUUUAGCCCCAGAAAUAAAGACCUGUUUGCCUACCACCAGGCUCUGCUGUGCCUUGGUGGGGGCUUGGUGGAGUGGGCAGUGAUCCACAGCCCUG